GCGUUUCUCCCAAAUAAAAGCCAAAAUCAGAUCUCACAGUUUCCCCUCACAGCAACACCAUGAAACCACCGACGACGCUGCUCCUCUUCGUCGGAGCUCUUAUCUUCUUCGCCGCCGGAAACGUCAGAUCCGAUGCCUCCGAUCAUCGUUACAAGGAAGGCGACUCUGUCCCCCUCUACGCCAACAAGGUCGGCCCGUUUCACAAUCCCAGUGAGACGUAUCGGUACUUCGAUCUACCAUUCUGUGUACCAGAGGGUGUGAAAGAUAAGAAGGAAGCUUUUGGUGAGGUUUUGAACGGUGACAGGCUCGUUAGUGCUCCGUAUAAGCUUAGCUUCAGAAAUGAGAAAGACUCUGAGACGUACUGCAAAAAGAAGCUUAGCAGAAAAGAAGUUGAACAGUUCCGAAGAGCUGUAGAGAAGGAUUAUUACUUUCAGAUGUACUAUGAUGAUCUUCCUAUCUGGGGAUUCAUUGGGAAGGUUGACAAGGAGAGCAAAUCAGAUCCGAGCGAGUUCAAGUACUUCCUCUACAAGCACAUCCAGUUCGAGAUUUUGUAUAACAACGACCGAGUUAUCGAAAUCAAUGCUAGGAUGGAUCCUCAUUCGCUUGUGGAUCUCACUGAGGAUAAGGAAGUUGUUGCGGAGUUUAUGUACACUGUGAAGUGGAAGGAGACAGAGACUCCUUUCGAGAAGAGGAUGGAUAAGUACGCCAUGUCGUCUUCUCUUCCGCAUCACUUGGAGAUUCACUGGUUCUCUAUCAUAAACUCGUGUGUUACUGUCCUCCUCUUGACUGGUUUCCUUGCGACCAUCUUGAUGCGAGUCCUCAAGAAUGAUUUCAUGAAGUAUGCACAAGAUGAGGAAGCUGCUGAUGAUCAAGAGGAAACUGGAUGGAAGAACAUUCACGGGGACGUGUUCCGGUUCCCAAAGCACAAAUCUUUAUUUGCUGCAUCACUUGGUAGCGGGACUCAGUUGUUCACUCUCACCAUUUUCAUCUUCAUGCUUUCACUUGUUGGAGUGUUCUAUCCAUACAAUCGAGGAGCACUCUUCACUGCCUUGGUCGUUAUCUAUGCUCUCACAUCUGGAAUCGCUGGAUACACCGCCUCCUCUUUCUAUUGCCAACUCGAAGGAAAGAACUGGGUGAGAAACUUGUUACUCACUGGAGGUCUCUUCUGUGGCCCAUUAUUCCUCACCUUCUGCUUCCUAAACACCGUCGCAAUCGCCUACAGUGCAACCGCAGCUCUUCCCUUCGGAACCAUCGUUGUUAUCGUCCUUAUAUGGACACUAGUGACUUCGCCUUUACUUGUAUUGGGUGGCAUCGCCGGUAAAAACAGCAAAGCCGAGUUCCAAGCUCCAGUCCGCACAACUAAGUAUCCACGUGAGAUCCCGCCACUUCCAUGGUACAGAAGCGCUGUUCCUCAGAUGGCCAUGGCUGGUUUUCUUCCUUUCAGUGCCAUCUACAUCGAGCUGUAUUACAUCUUUGCCAGUGUUUGGGGCCAUCGGAUCUACACCAUUUACAGCAUCCUCUUCAUCGUCUUCAUCAUCCUCUUGAUCGUUACCGCUUUUAUAACCGUUGCCCUGACUUACUUCCAACUCGCCGCUGAAGAUCACAAAUGGUGGUGGAGAUCAUUCCUAUGCGGUGGGUCGACUGGUUUGUUUAUCUACGCGUACUGUUUAUACUAUUACUACGCGAGAUCAGACAUGUCUGGUUUCAUGCAAACAUCUUUCUUCUUCGGUUACAUGGCUUGCAUUUGCUACGGGUUCUUCCUCAUGCUUGGGACUGUUGGCUUCCGUGCCGCUCUCCUCUUUGUCCGUCACAUUUACCGGUCGAUUAAAUGCGAGUAAAACUGUUGCUGCCAACCACACACUCUCAAAGCUUCACUUGCGAUUCUUUUGGGUAGAACAAAGAAGAUGAAGAAAGAGAUCCGUGCUUUAGGUAAGUAGAUGAAGACGUUGUUUUAAAGCCACAAACCGAAACAUCAAAUGGCUUUUUAAAGGUUUUAUAUCUUAGGGUUAUUUUACUACAGAUGCUUUAAUUUCUUGUCUCGUUUUUAACGUUUAUGUUGAAACUUGUUUUGUUUAGGCGAGUCUCUUCUAAUAUAAUGUUUCUCUCUUUUUGGGUAAUUAGUUAACUACAUUGUAUC